GAUGUUCGGACAUUUAAAACUCAUGAACCCAGCUCCUAUAUCGGAGCCAAUCAGUUCCAGAGACUCGAAUGCCUAUCUGCUAGAAACGCUUCGAUUCUCGGGCCUUAACUUGUGGAACGAUUUUGGGGUAGGUCGCAAGAUCUGGAGGGUGUUCUCCUUCACCUAUAAUAUGCUCAUACUGCCCGUGAGUUUCCCGAUCAACUAUACAAUACAUCUGGCGGAAUUUCCGCCGGACUUGCUGUUGCAAUCCCUGCAGCUAUGCCUAAACACCUGGUGCUUCGCUCUGAAGUACUUCACCCUGGUAAUCUACAUGCACCGCUUGGAGCUGGCCAACAAACAUUUCGAUGAGAUGGACAUGUACUGCGUGAAGCCGGAGGAGAAACGCAAGAUGCGCGAUAUGGUGGCCGUCAUUACCAGGUUGUAUUUAAUUUUCAUCGUGGUCUACGUUCUGUACGCGACCUCCACACUGGUUGACGGACUUUUCCACGACCGUGUCCCGUUUAAUACAUACUACCCGUUUGUAAACUGGCGAGUCGAUCGGACUCAGUUGUACAUUCAAAGUUUUCUCGAAUUCUUUACUGUGGGAUAUGCUAUAUUCGUUGCUACGGCCACCGAUUCCUAUCCAGUGAUUUUCGUUGCUGCCCUCCGCUGCCACAUACUGCUGCUUAAGGACCGCAUCGUCAAUCUGGGCGAGGUCAGCAAUGAGACUCAUUCCGAUCCGAACUUCAUGUUUAAAUCCUUGGUGGAUUGCAUCAAGGCUCACAGAACCAUGCUGAAUUUUUGCGAGGCCAUCCGACCAAUCAUCUCUGGCACAAUUUUUGCCCAAUUCGUUAUAUGCGGAUCCAUUUUGGGAAUCAUCAUGAUAAAUAUGGUGUUGUUCGCCGAUCAGUCAACCCGAUUUGGGAUUAUCACCUACGUUAUGGCGGUCCUCCUGCAGACUUUCCCGCUCUGCUUUUACUGCAACGCCAUCGUAGAUGACUGCAACGAGCUGGCGGAUGCACUGUUCCAUUCCGCCUGGUGGAUGCAGGACAAGCGUUACCAGCGCACAGCCCUUCAGUUUCUGCAGAAGCUCCAGCAGCCCAUGACGUUUACGGCCAUGAACAUAUUCAACAUUAACCUGGCCACUAAUAUUAAUGUAAGUCCUUUAAUUUUCGAAAGACAAACAAAGAAAACUCGGAAUUCUUGCAGGUGGCCAAGUUCGCCUUCACCGUUUACGCUAUUGCCAGCGGAAUGAAUCUGGACCAGAAAUUACAGAUUCAGGAAUAAAAUAACCGCACCAUAGGUAAACAUACAUCGUUUUAUGAACUUAACACGUUUUGCUUCGUAGUUUUAUAAUAAUCGUAUAUGCGUACAGUGAAUUAUGAAUAACCUAAGCUAGUUAAAACAAAACUUGAUCAAACAAUGGGUAAUAAAGAAAAUCGCUUUUUAUAUAUACCAUACAGCCCCUGCAGAAGUCUAUUGGUUGGUGUGAACCUCUCUUGUUCUCGGAAAUUGGAAUUGUAAUCUGGUUCUACAGAGGGCUAUGUCUAUGGGGUAUAUUGCUCCCUGCGGCUGGCCAUUUCCUUAAAAUAAUGCUCUCAUGUGACGGAAGAUGAAGUUAGUGACGUGUUGGCUAGAAUUGCACAUAGAAUGCCAAAGCAUGGAGUAUGUUUAGCUCGCUAACAGUUCGAAUGUUUCGGCGGCAGUUUAUUUCGGGCUGGGUAGGAGGGGGCGCGGAGGGUCUACACAAUCUCUAAGUAUAUGGAUGAUAUUUUUAAUGGCUUGCAUAGAUGAAACAGCGAAAGUUGUUGUACAUUU